AUGGAUCCAACACCAACAAAGGUGACAGCAGCAUUUUUCUGCCCGCAAAACAAGCCGCCAAAACCAGCCUAUCUUGACGGUAUUCGUCGCUAUCUCAGGAAUAAUCGCAUUCUCGCACCAUUUCGGGACGCUGUCCUGAAUCUCCCCUCAACAUGGGACCUUUUUGCCCAGGAAAGCGUCGAGAUUGCCGGACUGACUCAAGGAUCUCAGUAUGCGCAAAACUUUCACAGCUGGAUUGCAUUUGAUGGCAGCUCUUCACAAAAACCUGACAUGGAAUGGAGCGAGAUCAUGUCCGGGUUGAUUUCUCUCCCGUUGCUCACAGUUAUGCAAACAGUACAGUACUUCCAGUAUCUUGAAGUACGUCGGAUUAGACAUGCUCAAUUUCUCGAAGAAAUUAAGCUCGGCGGUGCACAGGGGUACUGUGCAGGUUUAUUACCGGCGUUUGCUAUCGCAACUGCCCGUGAUGAGAAAGAGGUCGUUCGGAAUGCUAGCAUCGCACUUCGGUUAUCCGUGGGUAUUGGUGCAUAUGGCGAGUUGGGUGACGAUGAAAAUGUGCCUGGACCGACGACAGUUGUUUUGCGCACAAAGUAUACUGGGCAAGCAGAAGAGAUCGUAGCAAUGUUUCCCAGAACUUAUAUAUCAGCCAUCACAGACCCUGAAACAAUUAGCAUCGUUGGACCAAGCAAAGUCAUCGAAGAAGUUCGAGAAUACGCAGAGAGCCAAGGAAUCACUGCCACAAAGCUCCAUCUGAGAGGGAAAAUUCACAAUCCAGAAAAUGAGUCUAUAUGCAACGAUCUCAUUAGGAUAUGCGAGAAGCACCCCGAGUUGCUACUUCUUCCGGGCUCUGAGGAAUUGCAGGCCCCUGUCAAAUCAAAUAUGACAGGAAGGGCUGUCGAAAAAGUCGACUCAGUAUCAAAGGAAAUCCUCCGAAGUACCCUGACGUCUAGAUGUGAAUGGCACAGUCUUUUAACAUCGAUGGCUGACGAACUGCGAAAUAUCGACAAUAACAAACACACGUUUGCCUUGUUUGGAACAGGCCGUAAAAAUUGUGUACCCACGAAAGCAUUCGAAGAGAAGAAACUGAAUAUCACCAAGCUCGACGUGAUGGUCUACGUGGAACAACUCGACAUCCCGAGAGACGGUCGUACCCUUGAUCAAUUCCCGAAAAAUGCAGUCGCAAUUGUCGGAGCCGGCUGUCGACUGCCUGGUGCAAACUCGAUUGACGAGCUGUGGGAACUCCUUGAGGAUGGAACUCAGCGCGUCGAAAAAGUGCCAGUGUCCAGAUUUGAUCCGCGAUCUAUUUCUCGAGGGACAGUAGGCUCGGACGCAAAGCCAAAAGAUGACAAAGUAAUCUACGGAAAUUUUCUUGACGAUGUAGAGUCAUUUGACAACAGCUUUUUCGGCGUUAGUCCUCGUGAAGCUACGUAUAUGGACCCCCAGCAGCGAUUGCUUCUUGAAACAGCAUAUGAGGCGUUGGAUGCUAGCGGCUACUUACGCAACCACCGCCGCGAAGACUUUGACAAUGUAGGCUGCUUUAUUGGAGCCAGCUACACGGAAUAUCUCGAGAACACGAGCUCAUAUAGUCCCACUGCGUAUACCGCUACUGGGACAAUACGAGCCUUUCAAUGUGGCAAAAUUAGCUACCAUUUUGGCUGGAGUGGCCCUUCCGAGGUCAUUGAUACGGCAUGCUCUGCUUCGUUGGUUGCGGUAAACCGAGCCUGUAAAGCUAUCCAGUCUGGAGAGUGUCCGAUGGCACUGGCUGGUGGCGUUAACCUCAUCACUGGUAUCAAUAACUAUUUUGAUCUUGGAAAGGCAGGUUUCUUGAGCCAAACUGGGCAGUGCAAACCAUUCGAUUCGUCUGCUGAUGGGUACUGUCGCGCCGAUGGGGUUGGCCUGGUCGCUCUCAAAUCUUUGUCGCAAGCUGUUGCUGAUGGGAACCACGUUCUCGGCGUGAUUCUUGGUGUCAGUACCAACCAAGGCGGGCUGUCGCCAGCAAUUACAGUACCAUACUCUCGUGCACAAGUUAGUCUCUUCAAGAAUGUUACAAACCAGUCUGGCCUCCAACCAUCGGAAAUUUCCUACGUUGAAGCCCAUGGGACAGGGACACAAGUUGGAGAUCCAAUCGAGAUAUCCAGCGUGCGCGAGGUAUUUGGCGGUGCAAAAAGACAUGACUACGUAAAUCUCGGCUCCCUCAAGGCAAAUGUGGGACACAGUGAGACUGCUGCUGGUAUCGGGAGUUUGAUGAAGGUGCUUGCUAUGAUAAAGCACGGCAAAAUCCCGGCGUUGGCCGGCUUCAAAAGUCUCAAUCCGAAGAUCCCUGCUCUCGAACCAGACUUUUUACGAAUUCCUACUCAGGUGAUUCCCUGGGAUGUCUCUUUCCGCGCCGCUUGUGUCAAUAGCUAUGGUGCAGCAGGUAGCAAUUCGGCCUUGAUAUGCUCCGAAGGCCCGGUCUUUCCCCAGGAGCCUGCUACUGAAUACAAAGAGACAUCGAAUACGGAUUAUCCAAUUUGCAUCACCGGCGCAUCCAAUGAUAGUCUGAAAUCUAACGCACUGAAACUGGUCUCUUAUAUUCAAAAAAAUUCCGCGAAAGUGAAAAUAGCCGAUCUAGCAUUCACAUUGUACGAUCGUCGGAAACACCACAAAGUGCAAUGGAUUGGUAAUGCCAACGAUGUCGACUCACUAGCCCAGUCCCUGGAAUUGACCCUCGAAAAGGCCUUUGAAGUUCCCAAAACACCCAAAUCUGUUGUAUUGACGUUUUCUGGCCAGAGCAAGGAAACAAUUGGCUUGAGCCAGUCUUUCUACGAUGCCUUUCCCCGCCUUCAAUACUAUAUCCGUCGAUGUGAUGAUAUCCUUCUCCGCCUCGGGUAUUCAUCAAUUAUGACGGCGCUGUUUACCUCGGAUGUAAUCACGGAUGUUGUUUCAUUACAAUGCGGUACAUUUGCGGUACAGUAUGCGAGCGCAAUGUGCUGGAUAGAUAGCGGGUUACCGGUACAAGCAGUUGUGGGCCACAGCUUUGGAGAACUGACUGCCAUGGCUGUUAGUGGUAUUCUGUCUUUGGAAGACGCUUUGAAACUAAUCGGCUUUCGUGCCUCUUUGAUGAAAACGAAAUGGGGACCAGAGCGAGGAACGAUGCUUGCAGUGGAAGCAACUUCGGAGACAGUGCGCGAGAUUAUAGCAGCUACCGAUGCCACUCUCGAGAUUGCAUGCUUCAAUGGAAACAAAAAUCAAGUUGUUGUAGGAUCUAGUGUUGAUAUUGAAAAGGCGGAGAAGACAUUGGCCGCAGACAUUCGAUUCAAGGGCAUUCGAUCAACACGAGUAAAGACCAGUCAUGGCUUCCACUCCGUCUUCACCCAACCUAUUUUACAAGAUCUCGACGUGGUAUCACAAAGCCUCAACUUCAAGGCGACGACGUUGCCAUUUGAAGCAUGUACAGAAAAAACACUGGAAGAGAUCUCAUCCAGCCGAAUUGUUCAACAUACCCGAGCGCCUGUGUUCUUUGGGGCCGCAAUAGCAAGACUAGAGCAACGCCUAGGCCCAUGUAUCUGGCUGGAAGCAGGAUGUGAUUCUCCGAUUGUCUCUAUGACAAAACGAGCCGUUCAAGAUCCAUCUCAACAUACAUUUUUGUCUUUGAAGACGCAAACUAACGCCGACGCUUCAACCGUCAUAUCCAGUACAACGACCAGUCUUUGGCGAGAAGGUGUAUCGACUUUGUUUUGGGGAUUUUUAUCUGCGCAAGAACUUGGAAUUAAACAAAUAUGGCUCCCACCAUACCAAUUCCAACGGACUCGACACUGGUUACAGUACAGGGAUCCAGUCACCGAGGAACGCCGAGUGAACACCUUAAUUGCUAGAAAUAUAUCACGCACAACUACCUCUAGAAAGCUCGUGACAGCUCGAAGCAGAGACUCAAAAUCGUGGUCGUCUCUUGAAUUCAACAUUGAUAUUGAAACUAGUCGAUUUACGGACAUUGUAUCCGGUCACGCAGUUCGCGAAAAGCCGUUGUGUCCUGCGUCAAUGUACAUGGAAUGCGUGGUCAUGGCAGCACAGAUGAUCGAGCCUGGAAUAUCCGUCAAAUCAUUAAAAUUCCAAAACAUUUCAUUCCAAGGUGCGCUGGGCUUGAAUUACAACAAAGACGUUACUCUCCAGCUAGAUGGUGAGGGUGACUACCUGACAUGGAACUUCACUGUCCGAAGUGUUACUAGAAAUUCCACCGGAAGGCCUACAAUCCAUUCAAAAGGUAAAUUCAGUGUAACUUCUAUGGUCGAUUUCCAGCUAUACGAAAGAAUGAUUUCCGAUCGCAUCAAUGACAUUCUUGUCAAUCCUCAAUCAGAGCGACUGAUGGCGGGCCGGGCCUACACUCUCUUCUCCAGAGUAGUGAACUAUUCUGAUGCUCUACGCGGAAUUUCAGAGAUUACAAUCUUAGACAACCGUCAUGCAGUGGCCGAAAUCCGUCGCCCCAAGACAUCGGUGAGCCGCACGGAAAGCACAGCCUCGGAAGUUUGCGAUACGGUCACUUUGGACACAUUCAUACAGGUUGUUGGACUGCUUAUCAACAGUAGCGACAAAUGUCCCGCGGAUGAGGUUUUUAUAGCCACCAAUAUUGACAGUGUCAUUAUGCAAAAUUGCGACUUCACUAACACCGAAUCCUGGACUGUGUAUGCUAUGGCCACAGCAAGAAGCGAAUCAAAUGUCGCUGGUGACAUGUUCGUUUUUACCAAGGAGGGAAAACUUGUGUUUACUGGGUCAGGAGUGCAAUUUACCAGACUCCCCAUUGCAAAGCUCGAAAAACUACUUGAUGGUAUUAGUAUGAAUCCCAAUGGCAUAUCCAACGCAAAAGCAGCACUGCAGGGCAAUGAGUCCCAUGGACAUGGCCUGCCCGGAAUACCCAUUGCGAAUGGCAUUACGCACAAGCCCAGUUUUGAGACACUGGAUGAGAGAACACUUGUUGAUCCAGAAAUUCUCCCAAGAGGCCCGUCCUUCAAACCAGCGAUGAUAAAGAACUAUGAAGCCCUGAGUACACUAGGGCUAGACUCUAUCUCAAAGAUUGAAUUUUUCAACAAAACACAAUCGGAAAUAGGCAGGGAGACCAGCAAAGACGACCUUUCUCGUAUUGGGGCCAUUCACAACAAGUUUUCCUUAGCAAUGGAAAACAAGACAGCGAACAUCGAGGAAACAGAAAUCUACUCCUCGUCUCCUGACAGUGCUAAGACGGCUGGGACGCAUUCCAAGAUGAGGACUAAACAGCGUAUACUCGAAAUGAUUGCAGACAACUCUGGCCAAUCCACUGGCAAUAUUGAGGAUGAAACUAAUUUACAAGAUAUUGGCAUUGAUUCGUUGUCUGUCGUCGAAUUGAAAGAGUCAUUUGAGAAUGGUUUCGGGGUUAACUUUGGAGAUUGGGAUUUUGGCUUACAUUUAACUGUCAGUGAUAUUUUGGAGUUUGUGGAGUCACAUUUGUAA